AUGAGAUCGAAAACAAAACCCACCAACAGACCUCAACGUCGACAAGAAACGCACAAAACCAACGACCAUCACGAGCGUCUUGCUGAUGAGGAUGAUACGAGUACUCGACCUGCUAAGAGGAGAAGAGUAACCACCAAGUCGAAGGAUAAGAGAUACGAGUGCCCGCAUGAAGGCUGCGAUAAGAGUUAUUCACGCGCCGAACACUUGUACAGGCAUCAGCUGAACCACGCUCCAAAGCAGAUCUUCCAUUGUGAUUUCAAGGGCUGUGAGCGACACUUUGUUCGCCAGGAUCUUUGUGCUAGGCAUCGAGAGAGACAUACAAAGAAGAAUUCACAUCUGCAUCGUCGAGACCUUUUCAAAGAUGGCAAGUCCAAAUCGUCCCAUAUUCCCGAGGUCCAGCAGGAGCUAUCUCCUGAAGCUCAACCUACAACAUCCACCACGAGUUCGGGUAGCUCUGAACCUCAAAUCAUCGAGCAACCAGCCAAGUCGAAGCCGAUCGAAGCUGUCCUUGGUUUCAACUCCAUGGCUUUAGAUCCGCGUCUGACAGCCGAGUCUGGACCCUUCAACCCGGCUAUGCCACCUGUCCCAUUCUCCAGUAUGAUUGCUCCCGAGCACUUGGAACACUCAAGAGUCAUAAACGAUCGAAUGAACGGCGUAAGACAUGAGAUCAACAACGCUAUCUUCGCACGACCAAACAUACCUCCCACGCUCUCGGUGGACAUGUAUAAUCCCAAUGCGAUGCAAAGCAUGUUUACACCACUUGGGAAUGCUUCUGGGGCUUAUUUGCCUCAGCCUUAUCCCUCGCCCUCUAGCGGAAUGGGGCUGAGGUCCCCUCCAGCUUUCACAAAUUUGCCGACCUUAUCACAGUUCAAUCAGCCAUAUGGCGCACCAAUCCCUUCACCUGUCGGAAUGAGAUCUGACUCGGUGACCUCGUAUCUCUCCAAAGGGUCAACGAUAAACAAUCACCAGCCCAUUGGCUUUGCUGAGUCUACUACACUUAACCACUUACCUGCAGGUGCCAUAGUACCCGUCUUCAAUGAGAACUAUGGGCCUUCACCAUCAGAUAUGCCAGGCGCAGAGUUUAUCAGCUGGCUGUUCGAAGGAGACCAGAAUACAGUGUUUUCGCCAAACUCGCAAACCACUUUCAAUUUCAGUCUGAACCCGCAGAUGUCAUUCGAGAACAAGCCGCAAGCCAACGGAGGAGUAUAUCUUGAGUCUCUAGUUCACCCGGAUCCCGUUGCCAAAACGGAGCAGGAUAGCGUACACCCAGAGUGUGUUCUAUCCAGCCCACGCAGACGCCGGCUUCUCGAUAUAAUCAUCUCGGACUUCCGGGACAGCAGACAUGCCCAUGUCACAGCGCAAAGAGAGAAGACACUAAAGGGUGACCACGACGGAGAUACACAUGUGCUGAGUUUGCGAAUGAUGCAAGUCUUCUGCAGCUCGUUCUGGCUCAACAUACACCCGCAGUUACCAAUUCUGCACCGGCCUACAUUUUCAACUGAAACUUGCCCGGACCUACUGCUCAUAGCCAUCAUGACAUUGGGUGCAUCUUGCUUGGAGCCAUCCUACGGUUUCGAGGUUACUCAGGCUUCGGCAGAUUUGGCCUCAUUUCUAGCAUGGCACACACGACGGAUGAUCUUCGAAGACCCAGACUUCAUCCCGCCGGCCAAACUUUGGAUAUUCCAGGCCUUGUUGCUACUGGAAAUUUUCGAGAAAAUGUUCUCUACGACAAUCCUACACCAAAGGGCACAUGUGCACCAUUGCACCACGCUCACUUUGAUGAGGCGAGGGAGUUCACUGGUUGGGCGUGCAGCACUGGACUUUGCCCCUUACGAUGCUGAUCCAACUAGGACUCCUCCCGGUCCAAACGGCAGUGUAAACACAUGUGGUCGUAACACCAAGGACGAGUGGUGGAACAACUGGAUUAGCAACGAGGCAACGCGUCGAACGGCUUUCGCAGCAUUCAUCAUCGACACGACUCAUGCGACAAUGUUUGGUCACGCAGCAGUAAUGGUCGCACAUGAGAUGCGAAUACCUCUGCCAUGUGAUGAGGCUCUGUGGGCUGCUUCCUGUGGCGCUGAAGUGCGAAGCCACGAGCACAGCCUUACGCUAAGCGGCUAUAGACCGAUGAGCUUCCUUGAAGCGUUGAAGAAGACACUAAAUAGUCAACACGUGCAGACCAACACCUUCGGUCGGGUCACUAUUAUGGCAGGGCUCAUGUCGGUCAGCUGGCACAUGCAGAUGCAAGAUGCGAGGGCGAGUUCAAUCGGAGUUGGUAAACAAGGAAGUUGGAGUGAUCAGCUGGCCUCUGCUUGCAAUUUCUGGAGGCAGGAUUUCGAUGCUUCCUUGGUUCAGCCAUCUUACAGCACACCGGUAUAUCUGCAAGAUCGGAUGUCGACCGACGUUAUGGAUAAAGAGAAGGUCUUUGAGUCCCGUACUGUACUUCACCACCUGGCGCGGAUGGCCAUGUAUGUGGAUAUCGUCGACUGCCAAAUUUUUGCGGGAGCUAAACGCUCGUUGGGACGCGUGAUUACCGCCAAUGAUCAUGCGGCAGCAUCCAAAAAGUUGAGGGAGACUUGGGCUCCAUCGCCUGGAGCUCGUGAUUCGGUCUUCUAUGCGUUGCGCUUCUUGUCGGCGGUGCUACUACCAGAAGAUGACGGAACCUCUGGACUACAUUCUAGUGCACAAGGACUCGCAUAUUCAGCUCGUGAUGAUAAUUUGCUCAAUCGGCCCUGGGUGCUCUACUUUGCCGCCCUAGUGGUGUGGACAUACGGCUUCUGUUUGGACGGACCUAUAGCACCACCGUUGCCUACCUACACGCUCAGGACGCACGAGAUCCAAUUCCGAGAUCUGCGAGGGUUCCUUCGCCGCGUAGGCGGGGUCAAAUCGGCCGAUGAUUUGCAGCACGUCAAGCACCGGAACGGGAUGCUGGGAUUGCUGAUGCUCCUGAAAGAGAUCUUCAGCAAGACCAGAUGGGAACUGCUUCACGAGGCGAGCGACAUGUUGGGAAAUUGCAUCGAGUUGCUCAUGCCUGGCAUCUCCAAUCUCUGA